UCUCAGGAAUAUGUCAGCGCCUUGUCAUGUUCACGGACUCGAAUAAAGUGGAAUCCGGAUUUGAUGACUUUUAUUUUGAAAUUCGAGACAGGAAGUGACUUACUGCAGCUAGAUUACCAUUUAUGCUAAUUGUCUAUUUGCCGGGAUACGAAACGGAUGGAGAGUGCAGGCGUCGUGUUUACGGAAUAACUUGAGAGGUCGUGAAGAUGAGUUCUCAGCAGUAUCCACAUCCAGGACUCCCAUCUGGCCUGGGACAAGCACAAACACCAGGCAGCAACACUACAGGACUAACAGGAAGUCAGAAGAACACAGGAGGACAUGAAGACUCAAAUCAUGCUCAACGUGAGCUGAUGUCCAGCGGAACCAUAGCGUUCAGAGAUGACAAGCAGGAGACGGUAGUGGUACGACCCUACCCCCAACCCCAGACUCAGCCCCCGCCCCACGGAACAGCUCAGCCUCUGCCCCCUCCUCUCCCUCAGCACCUUCCCAUCCAGCCAGGCAUGCAUGUCUCUGUGUCAGCAGCACCAUCCGGUCACACAGGUAACCUGCAUCAUCUAAUGACCAACGUGCAGAUCAUCCGCAGUGGACCCCCUGCGCUGCAAAUCGGCUCCUCUGCUGCACCUCAGCAUCCCUUCACCUCCCAUUUACCCAGAGGCGAGUUACAGAUUUCAACCAGAGGUCACACAGGUAACCUGCAUCAUCUAAUGACCAACGUGCAGAUCAUCCGCAGUGGACCCCCUGCGCUGCAAAUCGGCUCCUCUGCUGCACCUCAGCAUCCCUUCACCUCCCAUUUACCCAGAGGAGCAGCUGCUGCGGCUGUGAUGUCAAGUUCCAAAGGAACCACAGUGCUGAGACCAGCAGCCUGUCCGAGCUCCGCCACGGGGCAGCCUACAGUCCAGCACAUUAUCCACCAACCGAUUCAGUCUAGGCCUUUAGUCACUACCUCUACGGCAGUGCUGCCUACAGUAGUGGCUCCAGUGACUGCCACCAGACCUCAGUCUCCGGUUAUCACCACAGUGGCUGCCCACUCUGGAGACAUGUUACAUGGACGCUCUGCGGUGACAAUCCACCCACCCCAAGCGACCCUGAGUAUUCAACGCCCUCCGCCCUCACGGGACACACCCACACGGAUCACCCUGCCCUCCCACCCUGCCAUUGCUGCUCAGAAAGCCCUUUCUCACUCUGUUGCACAGAAGCCCAUUUUCAGCACUGUGACACAUGUUGCUGCCGCAACAGUUGCUCCAAUUCAGGCCACCAAUACGGCACCAUCACUCACUACAACAGGCGCCACCCCCCACACUCAAAUAUCCAAUAGCAGCAUUGUCACUAUGACUGUGGCCUCCCACUCCUCUCAUGCCACAGCAGUGACCACAUCCACCAUCCCUGUGGCUAAAGUGGUCCCGCAGCCCAUCACACACACGUCGCCACGUAUCCAGUCCGAAUACACUGGAGAAAGGGGCAACCUCAUCCCUAUCUCUGGUCACCGCUCUUCUCCCAACCCAAUCACCAUGGAGAACCGCACUGACAACAGACAAUCUGUUCCAGUGCAGUUUCAGUACUUCCUGCCCACCUACCCAUCAGCACCGUACCCGCUGACCCACACGUACACCCCCAUCACCAGCUCUGUGUCAUCCAUACGCCCUUAUUCAGUUGUUGUGGCCGAUGGUUCCACACUAGUGGCUAACUCUAUUAGCAAUGCAUUCAACAACAGUCAGCCUGCCACCACUGUGGCCCAGACGCACAAUCAGAGUGCCAACGCUGGAACCCCCUCACUUGUGACGUCCCCUCGACCCAGCAUUUUGCGCAAGAAACCUGCCAAUGAGGGUGCUGCUGUUAGGAAGAACCUGAUCCCAGGUCAGCUCAGUGACUCCACAACCCCCAGAAUCGAUGGACCCAUCAGAAGUGCAUCAGUAUCACCUCGUCCUGCAGGAGUGAAGCCCAAACCUGACAUCCACAUGAGUCUCGCUCCAUCAGUAACUGCAGCAAUAGAGGCUAUUCCUAGCCAUGGAACUGAACGGCAACCGCAACACGUGGGACCACCUCCCUCCCAGCUGGCUUCUCAACCUCUCCCCUCCCUCCUGACAUCAGCAACACCCCCCUCUCAACCCACUCCUGCUCUUUCAGCCAUACCUGUUGCCAUGGCAGUCACCCCGCCAAUCCCCUCCAUGGCCAAUGUAGUGGCCCCGCCCACUCAGCCAGCAGCCAGCACUAAUUCAGCAUGUGCCAUCAGCUCCACCCUCCCAGAGAUGAAUAUUAAGCAGGAGGCGGAGCCUAUGGAUAGUACAAAACCAGUGGCAUCAGGGCCAAACAGUGGUGCACAGAUGUUGGCAGUCCCUGCCACAGACAUCACCCCUGGAGCCUCACCCAGAAAGAAGCCCCGCAAGCAGCAGCACGUCAUCUCCACUGAGGAGAGCGAGAUGAUGGAGACCAACAGCACAGAUGAGGAGAAGUUCCCACCCCUCAGCCAACGUGCAGAGAAACGCAAGUCCCCUCCUAAAGAAUACAUUGAUGAAGAGGGAGUUCGGUAUGUUCCUACCCGAGUUCGUCCUCCGAUCACUCUACUGCGCCACUACCGUAACCCCUGGAAGGCGGCAUACCACCACUUUCAGAGAUACAGUGACAUCCGUGUCAAGGAGGACAAGAAGGGCAGCCUGCAGGAUGUGGCCAAUCAGAAAGGGGUGGUGUGCAGAGCCCAGGGCUGGAAAAUUCACCUCUGCGCAGCUCAGCUCAUGCAGCUGACGAAUCUGGAACGUGAUGUUUACAGUCGUCUGACGACUCUCCAGGAAGGCCUCGUUCCGAAGAAGAAGGCCGGAGCCAGUGAUGAUCUUCACCGUAUAAAUGAACUCGUACAGGGGAACAUGCAGCGCUGCAAGCUGGUGAUGGACCAGAUCACAGAAGCCCGUGACUCCAUGCUGAAGGUGCUGGAUCACAAGGAGCGUGUCAUGAAGCUGCUCAACAAGAACAGCAGCACAAAGAAGCUCAAUAAGCUGAAGCGUAAGGACAGAGCGUGAGACAAACUGACCAGAUAUGGGACAGAGUUCAGCACGACCACAGACCCCUCCUGCACCACGGCCCCUAGCAUGCAGGCACACUGCCCUGCCUCACUCGAUCUCUACCAGAAGACAGUCCUGAUCUGAUGGAAGGAUGUUUUCAUCUGGCAAGCCCUUCCUUUCCCAGAAGCUGUAGGGAACAACAAUGUUCAUUUAACCUCAACAUGCAUAUUUAACUGUAUCUUCACUGAAAUAUGAAUGUCUAAAUGUUUCGUUUCAAUCAAGACGUUUUAACUCAGUCACAAAGAGGUUACUCUAGAGAAGUUUUUGGAUGUCGAAGAUUCCAUUUUAUUCAAAGUUAUACGUAAUCAUCCAUUGAUGAACCACAGAUAUCAGUAAAAACAAUGCUGUACAUCUUCAAGUCAAUCGAUUAUAUUCACCACUUUUUCAUUUGGGUGCCUUGAAUGAUGACCUGGUAUUGACGGUCUGUACUGUAUCAAACACCAAAUGGCAGUAUUAUGUAUUGGUCGUUCUUGGAACGGAAAGGUUUCCAUUUUGUAUUGUAGUGUUCAAAACAAUAAGAAUUGAGAAGCCAUAACAACACCAUCCUCUCUGUCCUAGGUGAACAAAGACUGAAGUAUUUUACCACAUGUAUUGUGGGAAAUGUUAAAGGUGCUUUGGUGAAAUGGAGUAUUGUGCCUUUCUGUGUGCCUCGUAUGACAUGGGUUUUGUGUGAUGGAAGCAGUUCCUCUGGUCUAAUGGAGUCUGAAUGUCUGCAUAAUUUUAUGUUCUCACGUCACUGCCUGUUGAUUUGUGAGGAAAGUUUCAUGUAUCAGCAGUCUUGCAAGCGCUGCUCCAGCUCCGGGGAGGGUCGGGGGGGAUUUCAUUCAAGCAUUAAAGGUGGUGAAAAUCAUGUUCAGAUAUGACGUCAAUCAGAAUUUAGAGGAGAGAUUUGAUUGUGCAUAUGCACACAGUUUUGUAUCUAAGUUAAACCUAAGUAUAU